AUGGUGUCAUUCCAUGAUAAUCCAGAUCGUUACAAUACUACAAAUACAAUCAUUAAACUUGAAGAAGAAAUCGCUAAAGCUACUAGCGUUAAUGAACAUGUCAUUAGAACAGAUAAAUAUGUUGGUCGUACCAAGGAAUAUCUCUCAAAGAGUCAAAAUUUACUUGCAAGUGGUAUAAUUCCUGGUGGAUUGGGUCCUGGUGAUGAUCCGGAAUUUUUGAUUGGAGGUGGAUUCGAUAAUUUUAUUGAUGAUGGAAAGUACAUGUGA